UCCGUCUCCGCACAUAGCCGCGAGAGGGAGGAGAUGGCGCCGAUCUCGAGAGUCUCCGUCCUCGUGAUGGCCGUCGUCGCCAUGCUAGCCGUCGCGGCCAACGCCCAGGCCCCUGCGCCGGCACCCAUCACCAGUGAUGGAACAAGUGUGGACCAAGGGAUCGCCUACGUGCUGAUGCUGGUAGCGCUUGUCCUCACCUACCUCAUCCACCCCCUGGACGCGUCCUCCGCCUACAAGCUCUUUUAA